AUGCACUACUGGCGAGACCUUCGCUUGCGUUGGCAAUUACAAACGUACCGAUACAAUUGGAGGAAUACUUCGUGCGACCGUGGAACAUGUUACUCUUAUGCGCUGAGGAUAUACUGCAAAGCCUUCCGAGUUCGGUGGACGGUAUGGCUGGACGACUGGCUGUUGAUAGCAGGUUGGGUCUUCCUCAUCGCGUCACAGUCCUUCUUGAGCGAGCUGAUGCGUCUGGGAUUCGCUCGGACUUACAACGUUACCCCUACCAUGAAAACUCUGAUCUACGUUUACGACAACUGUCACAAAGUCUCCCUAGGUUUGACGAAGACCUCCUUUGCUGUCACACUGCUUCGAAUAUCGUCAACCCGACAGAAAUACUUCAUUUGGUUUCUCGUCAUCACCAUGAACAUUCAGUUCAUCAUUCACAUCAUCCUGACGUGGCGCCCGAUCUGCCCUGUAGUAUCUGGGGAUACAACACCCCAUCUUCCUGUGUCGUGCUGGGAAUCUCCGAACGCGACUGCGCUUGGUGUUGUUGGUGGAUUUUACUCGGCUGCGGCAGAUGUUUUGUUGGCGUUAUUGCCGUGGAAGAUAGUCAUGGGCUUGCAGAUGAAUAAGCAUGAGAAGGUCGGCGUCGCAAUCGCCAUGAGCAUGGGCGUCUUGGCUGGUGUCAUGGGAGUUAUGAAGGCCGUGCAAAGCAUCAUUGUCUUGGACCCAACUACACCGAAUCUGUUCUGGAAACUCUGCAUCUUCCAUGUCUGGGUCGAAGCAGAGCCAAACGUCACCAUCAUUGCUGCCUCUAUUCCGGUUCUCCGAGUUCUGUUCCGCAACAUUCGAAGCCAACGCGAGACAGGAUACCCAUCCUCUGGCGCGUAUAUACGAUCAGAUAAUUUAAGCAAGUUUCAGAACCAAGGCAUUUCAGCUGGUUGUGCAACAACUGUGGAAGAUCACGACAAGAGGGACGACGGAGACAGCGAUCGACGCAUCUUGCCGCAAGGCAUAGUAAGAACCACGGAAGUUACAGUUGACUACGACGAACGCAGUGGGGCAUCAGACAACAGAGUAUCAGGGAACGGCGGGAUCGAACUUAGAAGUCGCAGGGACUUUUCUGCAUGA